GAAGUAUAUUGACAAUAGGUUUAUUUUUUAGACAGUGGACCCGUUAAAGGAAUUUCAUUUUUUGACUUUACAUCCACUUUAAUAUAUAUGGUAACCUUGUUCAGCAGUCAUGGGGCAUUUAUUUCACCUGAUUUGCACUUUCCCACUGGACCUUACACAUAUGUUACAAUAUUGGAUUCUGUAGCCCCGACACAAUGUGAUUCUGUUACACAACAAAAGAUACAGUCUGACCCAUAAAACAUGAUCAACAUCUCAUGAACCUGACCUGUGCUGUAACUAGAACGGAGGCUGACCCCGUGACUGUGGGGGGCACCAGUCUGCUUCUUCUAUACAGGGGUAUUAGGGGAAUGAGGGGGUGGGAACAUCCACAGUUACACCAGUGGCCCUAACAGGAAUCCAGGUCCAGAGAUCAGAGGUGAAUUCAUGAAAUGUGAGGCUACACUUUCCAUAGGGCCCCCUUCUUGGCUUCUCCCAGUCCCAAAACUUUAUAUACAACGAUAAACUUCCAAAUGAUGAACUAUUAGUAAGAGUAAAAGAAUUAGUAACAAUAAAAUGCAGCAGCUGCUGAGCGGGGUCGGGGGCAGCCCAUGCACAGUUGGUACCUGCUUGCUGGAUUUUUUCAUUAUUUUUUUCUUAUAAAACAUGAAUUAACUGUGGUCAGGGGCUGACUGGGAGAAGAUUAGGUACAAGUGGUGUAUCUGUGCUGGGUGUGCGUCUGAACUCUAUAAAGCCACAUCAGCCUUGGUGUGUGCCACGUGCCACGUCACUGUGCUGAUUCCACUCAACCCAUCAUUGCUUUAUAGAACUUGAUGCACAUUCAGUACAGACAGACACGGGCUGAACUAGGACACAGUUGAUCUACAAUGUUUUACUACACAAAGCCUAACCCUAUACAUGGGAUGUUUAUGUUGCAAUAGGGUGUCCUAUUGGCUUAUUUGGCCUCCUUAUAAUAAAUCCUUCAGUUUAAUAUUUACCCUCAUUCCUAAUGUUUCUGUUCCCAAAUAAUAAAAAACCUAAUAAACAGCAUUUUAUAUUCUAUCCUUUUCUUUUUUUCCCAGAGUGCCAUUUCCCCCACCCCAUGUCUCUGUCGGAGUCCCCUUUCACAUGCCCUUUAUUUGGCCCAUGUUUCUCACUGGGUUUGGUGCUUCUCUUCCCUUCCUACUGGUUUGUAGAUCGUCUCUUGAGCUGUGCGGUUCCCACCAGUAUUGAUCGCUCCCAGGGAUGUGCACUGAGGCUUCUACGUCUGCUUCUUGGGGUUCCAGUCUUCCUUCUGUUAUUCCUGCUCUCCCUUCCUCUUGGGAUUUUGGGACUUCUGAUUUGGGCCCCUUUCCAUCAAAUUCGACGGCCCUUCUGCUACCAGAAUCAAUCACGGGCACAUACACCUCCAGUGGAGAUGAUCGGAGGCAAAUGCACAUUUCUGUUCAUCAGUGCCAACCUCUGCCUGUUACCCGAUGGUCUCGCCCGCUUCAGCAACCUCAGACACACUCAGAAACGUACUGCCACCAUCUCUAGCCUAUUGGGUGCUCCUACAGCCCCCCAAGAAUGUCAGGGUAUUAAUGGGAAGAGUGACGACUCAGCCUCUCUCUGCAGCACAAAUGAUGUCCUGACCAGGGUGGAGAACAUCAAAGAGGAAUUUCCUAGUGAGAUCUCAAUUGACUUCCCCAGAGGAGCAGAUUUUCUUUGCCUCCAGGAAGUGUUUGAUGGUCGGGCAAGUGGCAAACUGCGCCGCUUAUUGGCUCCUUCCUUCCCUCACAUCUUGUACGAUGUUGGCCCCUCGGGGCCCUAUAACUGUGGCUUCAGGUUCUUUAACAGUGGUCUGUUCCUCGCCAGCCGCUACCCUCCUCUUGCUGCCAAGUACUUCUGUUACCCCAACGCCCGAGGAGAAGACUCACUCGCUGCCAAAGGACUUCUCUGUGUCAAGGUGCAGGUUGGAGUGAAUGAAGAGCAGCAGAGCAUUGUGGGAUAUAUAAAUUGCACCCACUUGCACGCCCCGGAGGCUGACGCUUGUGUUCGGUUUGACCAGAUGUCCCAUUUGCUGCAGUGGGUGUCGGACUUCCAAUCAGAGAACAGCGAGGCCGGGGAAAUCACUGUGUUUGAUGUUCUCUGCGGAGACCUUAAUUUUGAUAAUUGCUCAGCGGAUGACCAUAUGGAACAAUCACAUGAUUUAUUUGAAGUCUAUAAGGACCCGUGCAGAGACUGUGCUGGGAGAGACAGAUCUGGGGUACUAGGCACUCUCCUCCGGCCCGAGUCUUUGUACCAUGAAGCAGUGAAUACUCCAGACAAUAUGAAGAGGACCCUGGAGUCACCCAAUGAGCGGCAACUUUAUUUAGCCCCCCCUCUACCUCUCAACUCAAACCCUGAUGUGCCGCACUGGACAGGCCGUCGCAUUGAUUAUAUCUUGUACCGACCCCCGGAAUCAUUCCCUGCCACGGUUGUGGAUCAGUUCCUAUUUAUUACGCAGCUGGCAGGGCUAUCGGACCACAUUCCCAUAUCUCUCCGCCUCUCUGUCACUAUUGACCCCACUACGUCUCUCUGAAGGGGGAACAACUGCUGCAAAUGCAACUCCAAUACCUGCAAUGCCGAUACCUUGUGUCUAAUACAUGUUUACACAUAGUCCCUUAACUUGGGGUUCAUGGUGGCAUUAACUGCUUAUAUUACCUCACAAUCAUUGCUAUGGACUCUAGAUAAUCUAUUUAAUAAGAUUUAUUCAUUACAUGUGGGACAUUACAUGGCAUCUUUGCACCAAUCUCUGGGGUUCAGACUGCCAUCCCCUCCCCCUUUUUCCUGCACUCUCCCUAAACUGCAGCCAUUUUCAGGCAUCACAUAUGGGUGAGAUUAUUGUAUUGAAUGUUCUUGUACUGAUGUUAAUAGAUAUAAAUAUUGAAAUAUUUGAUAAAUAAAUCCAUUAUUAUUGAUAUAA